ACUAACUGAAUCAUUUGGUAACAUCUUGUGACGCUUCCCGCAGCUUACAGUCAUACUCCUGGACUAUUUUUUGUAAGACUUUGAACUUUGUAAAAUAGAAAGUUACAGGACUCUAAUUCAAUAACAGGUAAUCUUCACCAAAAACAAUGUUAAAGUUCUGUAUAUGACAAUGUCUUCACUUUUAUGGACUUAAGAAAUGUCUGCAAAGACAGCUCGCCUCCUGCUCAGCCUGACAGCCCUCUGGACUUACGUGUCAUGCUACCCCAACGGUAUCAAUGUGGAUGAGGCGUGUAGCGACAUGACUCCGAGACAUAAUCACCAGGGGCAGACAUCAGCGUCACCCUUCAAGAUCACCUUCUGCCCAAAUUGGUACAAACAAGGAAGCUCAGUUAACGUGACUCUUACUGGUACAUCAAUGAAGUUUAAAGGUUUCAUGAUCCAGGCUCGUUCAAAUACCGACAGUGCGACCUCCGUCGGAACAUUUACAGCCACCGAUUAUACUAGAAAUGCCUGCACUUCUUCUAAAGCUCUAGUGCACAAUUCGGCUAUAGAGAAAAGUCAGCUGACAUUCAAAUGGAUGGCUCCAUCAACCGCUUCUGGUAAUGUUACAUUUUGGGUAACAUUUGUUGAGGAUGAAGACGUCUUUUGGGUAGCCACUAAGUCUUCAGUAUUGAUGGAUGCCACUAACGUCAAUGUGACUGUGGAAAACUGCACAAUGAACUCAAACAUUGUCUCCAACAGUGCGGUGCGAGUUGGUAGUUACUUUACUUUGAUGUUUGUUGUCGUUAGUUCAAUUCUUAUCUCUCGUUAUUGAUUCGGCUUUUUAUAGUGCUUUGAAAUGUUUGCCUUGUUACAACAUAAUAAUGUAAAUCUAUUUAUACAUUCUUCUAUAUUUAUUAAUCAAGUUAUAUUUAUAUUAGGUUCUAAGAAGAUUUUCAAUGAUUAAAAGCGAAACUUUUUUUCCCCCAUAAAUUGUUAUAUCUUUAUUUCUAAGGAUGGUUAUAAAAGGAUUGAUGUAAAAUAAGACCUAUCUACUUGAGACGGUUAUAAAUAAAUGUAUGAUGUUUUAGUUUAUGGUUAUCAUAACAUACAAGCAAUGUUGUUAAUGUUACUUUGAUGAUUUAUGUUUGUAUUGUACUAUAUGAAUGUUAUCUCCAUUAUUUUUUUUUAAAUUUGUUUCGUUCAUCAACAAGAGAUCUCUAUUUUUACGUUCUUUUCAACACCUCCAUGUAUAGCAUUUAUUUUUUGUUUUAAAUGAUUUUUUGUUCAACUUUGCUAUUCUGUUACAUUCCACAUAACAGGCAAGCUGAAAAAAAAAAUUCAUUCAUCCAUUAGUCAGUUAAUAAAGUAAUCGAUUAAUUAGUAACUUAAAACACUUGAAAUCCACUUGAACUUUGACACACACACACACACACGCAACUGAAUUAUCAGCAACUUCUUCCUGACUUGCUCCAAUGUGUACUUGUUCUAAUUAGAGUAGCUUUGGUGAACCUAAGUCCAGUAUGAGCUAUGUCAUUGAUGGACGUAGGGAUUGCUUUGAUUCACCAAGUGCUUGUCUUUUAUGUCUUUGUCAAGACACUAAACAUUUUGUUGUCAUCAAUGUGUACAUCUGACAUGCUUUUCAAAUAAAUACAGAUUUUUAAAAAUA